CUGUUUAGUGGAACCAGGAUACUGGACCAGGUCACCUCGAGUGGGUUACUAUGAUGGAUUUUAUUUUGGGUUUACAAACUUAUGAGUACAUAGGCGGUUUUGCUUCCUUGUUUUGAUAAUGACAUACCAUAAUAUUGGUAUACAGAAUAUUUUGAUAGCCUGAGACAUUGAAGUGACUGCGCUGGCAUAAUUGUGAUGGAGUUGACGACAUUGUGUGCCUAACGCUGUCAUUUAAACAGAUGCUGACAAAGACAGGGCGUAAUACGCCCAGAGCAGAGGAAAGCUGACUUUGACAUGCGACGCGUGGGUGGAAAUAGCCUGUUAAUGAAUAGACAGCAGAGAGGCGUUACGGUAGAGGAGCUACACGGAGCGUGCUGUGCGGUGAAAUAUUGCUAUUGUUAGGCACCGCUGGGAGAAAAAGUGCUGCGAUGCAGAAAGAAUGUAAAGUCUUGACAGCUUUACGGUGGCAGGCUGACGGCCGAGCCAGGCGAUUGGAGGCAAAUUGCGCAGGAGGCCUUCUGUCGGGCCACACCGGGGCUCGCUUUAACAAGUUCACAAAUGAGCUGCGCCCGCCGCUAUACGUACGUUGCAGGGAAAUGAGAAGAGAUGGACGGAAGGCUGAGGGGGCGGCUACUGGUUGUGUUCAUGUGGCUGAACUUUGCACGUCAAAGUGCCAGCUGCCCAGCCAAGUGCGUAUGCUACAGUGAACCCCGGCCCACCGUCGCAUGCCAGCAACAAGGACUCUUUUCCAUCCCUACUGAGAUUCCGGUGCGGAGCCAGCGAAUCUUCCUCCAGAGCAACAAGCUGACGGUUGUGAGAUCCACAAGCUUCAGCUCUUGUCAAAAUCUUACCGUCCUGUGGCUCUACUCGAACAACAUUAGCCACAUCGAGGCCGGCGCCUUCUACGGCUUGGAGAAACUGGAGGAACUGGACAUCGGGGACAACGGGAACCUUCGCACAAUCAGCCCGACGGCCUUCCGAGGCUUAACCAAGCUGCACACGCUUCACCUGCACAGGUGCGGCUUAUCCGAGCUGCCCGUGGGUGUAUUCCGAGGAAUGUUCUCCCUACAGUACCUUUACUUGCAGGAUAAUAACAUUUUAACCCUGCAUGACGACACUUUUCUGGACCUCGCCAACCUUACCUAUCUCUACCUGCACAAUAACAAGAUCAAAGUCGUGACUGACAACAUGUUCCGUGGUUUGAUCAAUCUCGACCGCCUGCUGCUACACCAGAACCGUGUCAUCUUUGUCCAAGCGAGGGCUUUCAGCGAUCUGGCCAAGCUGAAAUCCCUGUUUUUGUUUUUCAACAACCUCACCGUCUUGACGGGGGAAACCAUGGAGCCGCUUAGCACCCUCCAGUACUUGCGCUUAAACGGUAACCAGUGGAUUUGUGACUGUCGGGCCAGGACCCUGUGGGAGUGGUUCAAACGUUUCAAGGGUUCCAGCUCGGAGUUGGAGUGUGACGUUCCGGAAUUCCUGGCAGGGAAGGAUCUGAAGCGGCUAAAGAGCGAAGACUUGGAGGGAUGUGUGGAAACGCCUCAAAUCCAGACCAAUCUCUUCAGCUCCAAGGCCCAAUCCGGGAAGUUCCCCUCCACCGAAAACCCCCAAGGGGACACGAUUCCUCGGUGCUGCCUCAGCGAUACCGACAAAUCCGCCAUCCUGUCCGGCAAGAGUCAGCGAAUUACCAACAACCCCUUGAAGGAAAAGGAGAACAUGUCCAAGACCAAAUUGAAGGAUCCGGAAAGAACCAAAAACGACACCCAGAACAAGCAGAACGACGGACCUCUUGGAACCUUAUCCAACACCCUGGACCAGUCCCUGGAAAAUAUGAACCCUAACCUUAUAGACAGUCUGGAAUCUUCUACAGUCUCAAGUAAAAAGAAAAAGAAGUGCUCCAAAAAGCCCAGAUCAGACAGCCACUGCAUCAAAGGCCGGGGGGCUACCUUGCAAGUGCUGCACAUUCUCCUCCUUCCCACCAUCUGGAUCUCACUAGCCAUGUCUUAGAACUCCAGUUAUGAUUCCAAAUGCAGGACUGGAGAUUGUGGAAGCUCAUGACAAUGAUAAGAGAUGAUGCAGGGCGUAUCGAAAACAGACAGUGACUGAAAAGCGAGUUGAUAAGCUCACCUGGCGAGGGCGAGGCAAGAAACGAGGGUGAAGCUAGAGUACGUUUAACAAAAUGGAUGCCUUUACAGAACAUUACAGAUAUGAUGUAUAUAAUGAAUCGGUGCCCAAAAUUGUUUGUUCUCUAUGUACUGAACUGUGUGUGUCUAAGCUACAUUUUGGAGAUUUCCUCCCCCCCCCGUUUCCCACUUUAAAGCUUCGACCGCUUAGCGAGUGCACUAUGAGACGGAAAAAAAAGAACAAAAACAAAAAAAUGUACAAGCGAUCUGACACAGUAAGCACACGAUGAAUGUUGGGUCCAUUUAACGACAACUAAGGAACACCCCCCCCUCCCGUUAUUUAUUGAAAGUGAUGCAUCAGUUGGGUAAUGUUGUUUGUUAUGUUCAAAAAUGUUGUUUUCUCUUCCCCCAUUUUUUGGUUUUAUUUUCACAAGAGAAAGGAUACGUAUAUGGGUAGCAUUUGCCAAAGGAAUGCUGCCAAUUUAUUUCUUGCAAUGGAACCAUAGAUAUGCAUUUUAUUUUCCUUGUGGACAAGUAUGAAAAUAAUAUGAAUAAAAAUUCUUAUUUCGUA